AUUUCAAUGUAACAUCUACUGAGUAAUAGCAGUAUACCAGUACACAUAAUAUUUGUCAUUAAAAUCCACUGGUUUACCAUUGUACAAAGCUUCUUAAACCCCACUUGUUCCCCUGUAUGCAACAAAAAAUGGCCCAGUGCUACCUAUUGAGUUCAUCCCUGCCAAAGGUAAAAACUAUUUUACUUUAUUAACAAUCACAUAAUUCUAUAACUUGAAACACAUUAGCAAUUAUGCAGAGUAGACACAUUUAGAUUUUUUUUUUUCUCAGCUCCUGUCUUUAAUUAUUAAUUUAUUUAAACCUGUGACAUUGCAUUGUGGUUCAAGGGUUAACUCUCUGUUAUUCAACAUCCAGUCCCUCACUCCGAAGACAUUCACUCAGAGUCUUUGUAACACUUCUUUGGUGCUUCUCACUAGCAAAUUCACUUGACAACUCACUGGCUUUAUCUAAGGGAAUCUAAUGGAUCUAAGAGGGUACUUCAACAGGAUCGGGUUUACUGGUCCAUAUGACAAACCUGACCUGGACACUUUACGCACCAUCCAUAAGCUGCAUGUUAUGACCAUUCCAUUUGAGAACCUCAGCAUCCACUGCGGGGAGAAAAACACAACCGACCUGAACAUCAUCUAUGAUAAAUUAGUCAAGAGCAAUCGGGGAGGCUGGUGUUGUGAAAACAACCUCUUGUUUUCAUGGGUCCUAAAGGAGAUUGGUUACAAAUACACCACACUAGGGUCCAAGGUGUUUAAUAAGUUCCAAAAUGAUUUCUACCCCGUGGACUCUCAUCUCAUCAAUAUGGUGGAGAUCGAUGGGAAGCCUUACAUUACGGAUGUGAGCUAUGGAGUGUCGUGCCAACUCUGGUAUCCCUUAGAGAUGAUCUCGGGUAAAGAUCAGCCGCAGCCUCCAGGUGUGUUCCGCCUACUAAACGAUGGGAUGACGUGGGUUCUGGAGAAGACUUCAAGAAAGCAAGUGGUCAAAGAUAAGGCUAAUGCUAAUUCUAGCCUCAUUGACAGGCGCCUGGUGAAGAAAAUGUAUUGCUUCCCAUUAACACCCCGUAAUAAAGAGCAUUUUGUGGAGACCCUGGAUUGCUUGCAGACCAGUCCCGAUUCUCGGUUUGUGCUGAAGUCCAUUUGCUCCCUUCAGACCCCCAACGGCUUCAGAGCUCUGAUUGGCUGGACUUACAGCGAGAUCACAUACAACCCGGAGGAAGACUCUGAUAUAGUGGACAUGAAAGAAAUCCUUGAUUGUGAAAUAGAGGCUGUGCUGAAGGAAAAGUUUAAUGUGGUGUUAGUCAAUAAGUUCACACCGAAAAACAAAAAAGCUAAUUAUUGCAUGUAAUACAGUAUUGUACUAUGACCUGUAAGUAUUGUAAUGCAUCUCAAUUGACAAUACUUUUCACCAGAGAUCGAAAAACAUAAAUCGUUUUUAUGCUUUUAAUACUUUUUAAUGCCCUAAAAUAAAAUUAAAUAAAAUAAACGGCUACUUCCGAAUACCAAUUAAAGGACAAAAAUGCUUAUGUGUGCCAAAUGGUGUUGUUAUGGAAUCUACUAGCAGGGGCUGACAGGGGCAUAGCAAAGCUUUUAUCACCUGAGAAAAACACACAUACAUUCUUUUCUUUUUCUUUUUUUUGACAAAACUGGUCUAGCCAAUAGAAUAGUUUAUGUG